AAUGAACGUUGUUGGUAUACGUCAAUCUACAAACAGUUCGAAAAGUACAUUGAAUAAAUUCAAAAAUAACGUCAGUGGCACAACUAAUUGUUCUGAAAAUAUCAUUCACAAACCACCAAGAUUCGCAGACGAAUUUAUUAAAGUUUCUUCGGUACGCUACAAACCAGAAAAAAUCUACACAAAACAAUGUCCAGGUAGUAAACCUAUCUGUGAACGUACACAAUGUCAAAGUUCCAACUCAACAAUGAAGUGUCCUUACACAUGUAUCGAUCAACAGUCCACAAGUAAAAAAGUUAAGACAUCUUAAAAUAAAAAAUUAAUUAUUGUUAAUCAAUAAGUAUUUGUUUUUUAUACCAAUUCAAUACUCAUAUAUGUAAUUUAUACAUUAAUAUUUAAUGAAAAAAUAAAAAGACAAUUCACAUUAUUUAC